CCUGGCGGCCUCCCCGAACCUCAGCCGAAGCCGUCUCGGUUCCUCCGCGAGCCCCGGGCUGGGCCGGCGGGGAGCCCGGGGCUGGCCGCGCCCUCCUGCCGCCUCUCACGCCCGCCCCGUGUGCUCGGUUAACGCUCGUGAACGGGCCGGCGGAAGGGAGCUCGGGGUGAAAGCUGAGCCUCGGGUCACCCAGCGGUGUGGGUCCCGGCCGAGCCCUCCUCCCCGUGGGGCUCGAGUUCUCCGAGCCUCAGUUUCCUCAUCCGUAGGACGGGGCCCCGAGGCUCUCUUCCCAGGCCGCUUGUGAGCCCCAGUGGGGGCUGCUCGGCUCCGGAGCAGCCGGAGGGAGGCCUUGGCACGAGCGGCGUGGACUGAGGCUGCCGCUCUCGGAAGAACCCCCGACGAGUGCUCACCUGAGCCGGCCAUUUCCAACUCUCCACGGGAGGCUGCCAUGGCGUUCCCUCACCUGCAGCAGCCCAGCUUCCUACUGGCUAGCCUGAAAGCUGACUCUACAAAUAAGCCCUUUGCACAGCGCUGCCAAGACUUGGUUAAAGUCAUUGAGGAUUUUCCCGCAAAGGAGCUGCACGCCAUCUUCCCAUGGCUGGUAGAGAGCAUUUUCGGCAGCUUGGAUGGCGUCCUCAUCGGCUGGAACCUCCGCUGCUUACAGGGACGUGUGAGCCCUGUAGAGUACAGCAUUGCGAUGGAAUUUCUAGACCCUGGGGGCCCGAUGAUGAAGUUGGUUUAUAAACUUCAAGCUGAAGACUAUAAGUUUGACUUUCCUGUCUCCUACCUGCCUGGCCCUGUGAAGGCGUCCAUCCAGGAGCGCGUGCUCCCGGACAGCCCUCUGUACCACAACAAGGUCCAGUUCCCCCACACAGGGGGCCUUGGCCUGAACCUGGCUCUCAAUCCGUUUGAGUAUUACCUGUUCUUCUUUGCGUUGAGCCUCAUCACUCAAAAGCCACUCCCUGGGGCCCUGCACAUUCGAACUUCAGACUGUGCCUAUUUCAUGCUGGUGGACAGGUACCUAUCAUGGUUCCUGCCUACAGAAGGCAGCGUGCUCCCCCCACUCUCCUCCAGUCCAGGGGUGCCCAGCCCCUCACCAGCUCCCAGGACACCAGCCAUGCCUUUCGCUUCCUACGGCCUCCACCACACCAGCCUUCUGAAGCGACACAUCUCUCAUCAGACAUCUGUGAAUGCAGAUCCUGCCUCCCACGAGAUCUGGAGGUCAGAAACUCUGCUCCAGGUUUUUGUUGAAAUGUGGCUUCAUCAUUAUUCCUUGGAGAUGUACCAAAAAAUGCAGUCCCCUCACGCCAAGCUGGAGGUUCUCCACUACCGACUCAGUGUCUCCAGCGCCCUCCGCAGCCCUGCCCAACCCAGCCUCCAGGCCCUCCACGCCUACCAAGAGUCGUUCACGCCCACCGAGGAGCACGUGCUGGUGGUGCGCCUGCUGCUGAAGCGCCUGCACGCCUUCUCUCACAGCCUGAAGGCCGAGCAGCUCUCUCCCUCUGCUCACUCCCACGCCGCCAGCCCCCUGGAGGAAUUCAAACGGGCUGCUGUCCCAAGGUUUGUCCAGCAGAAGCUCUACCUUUUCCUCCAGCACUGCUUCGGCCACUGGCCCUUGGAUGCGUCGUUCAGAGCCGUCCUGGAGAUGUGGCUGAGCUACCUGCAGCCCUGGAGAUAUGCGCCUGAGAAGCAGGCUCAGAGCAGCGACUGCCAGGCCCGGUGUGUGUCGGAGAGAUGGGCACCCUUUGUGCAGGAGAACCUGCUAAUGUACACCAAGCUCUUCGUGGGCUUCCUGAGCCGCGCACUCCGCACUGACCUGGUCAGCCCCAAGAACGCACUCAUGGUCUUCCGAGUGGCCAAAGUCUUUGCCCAGCCCAACCUGGCUGAAAUGAUCCAGAAAGGCGAGCAGCUGUUCCUGGAGCCUGAGCUCGUCAUCCCCCACCGCCAGCACCGCGUCUUCACAGCCCCCAUGUUCACCGGCAGCUUCCUGUCCUCGUGGCCACCGGCCAUCACUGACACCUCAUUCAAGGUGAAGAGCCACGUCUACGGCCUGGAGGGCCAGGACUGCAAGUACACCCCGAUGUUCGGGCCCGAGGUCCGGACACUGGUCUUGCGCCUGGCUCAGCUCAUCACGCAGGCCAAGCAGACCGCCAAGUCCAUCUCUGACCAGUGUGGGGAGAGCGUAGCCGGCCACUCCUUUCUGUCGUGGCUGGGCUUCUGCCCCGUGGACACAAACAGCUCCUACCUGGCCAACGACCUGGACGAGAUGGGGCAGGACAGCGUCCGCAAGACGGAUGAGUACCUGGAGAAGGCCCUGGAGUACCUGUGCCAGAUGUUUCGACUCAGCGAGGCCCAGCUCGCCCAGCUCACGCUUGCCUUGGGGACAGCUCAGGACGAGAAUGGAAAGAAGCAGCUCCCAGACUGCAUUGUGGGUGAGGACGGACUUAUCCUCACGCCCCUGGGCCGGUACCAGAUCAUCAACGGGCUGCGCAGGUUUGACAUCGAGUACCAGGGGGACAGGGAGCUGCAGCCCAUACGGAGCUACGAGAUCGCCGGCCUGGUCCGCCUGCUCUUCCGGCUGUCCUCCGCCAUCAACUGCAGAUUUGCAGGCCAGAUGGCAGCCCUGUGUUCCCGGGCCGACUUCCUCGGCAGCCUUUGUCGCUACCACCUCACAGAGCCCGGGCUGGGGGACAGGCACCUGCUGAGCCCUGUGCAGUGGGGUCACACGGCCAGCCGUGCCCCAGGCCCCAGGCUCAGCCUGCGCUUCCUAGGCAGCUACCGGACACUGCUGUCACUGUUGCUGGCUUUCUUUGUGGCCUCUCUCUUCUGCAUUGGGCCCCUGCCCUGCACCCUCCUCCUUGUGCUGGGCUACCUUCUCUACGCCAUGGCCAUGACGCUGCUGACCGAGCGGGCCAAGCUGCACCAGCUCUGACCGUGGGCUGGCCAUGUCCCUGGGCAAGUCAGUGGGAUGGCCACACGGCCCCUCCCUUGCACCUGGAAGGCCACCUCUGAGCCUGAGCCCAGUCACCUUUGAGCUUCUAGAGGAUGUUUUCCUACAGCUGUGGAACCAUCUGGAAGAGAAUCUGAAAUGAGAAGGGCACAGCAUCAAAGGGUCACAAGUCGCCUGACCACCAGGCCCUCGCCUCUCCCCUCAGCUGGAGGCCCCGCAGUGCAGUGGCUCUCAAGGCCUGUCUCUUCUUUAGCCAUUUGUGGGUUUAGCCGUGUGAAGCUCAGCAGUCAGUGCAUCCCCGGGAGGGCCUUUGGCCUCUGUCCUCGCUGUCCUUGAGGUGGGCAGUGUGUGGCGUGAGUCUCCUGUCCCCAGGUGACACCAGGACGGUAGCUCAGCCUCUGGCUCCAGGGAAGAAUCAAAGACCCUAAAAGAGAUUGCUGAGAAAAUUAGAUGAUGGUUCUCUGAUUCCUAAUUUUAAAUUUAAAGCUAAAUUUUGCCACAUUUGGCAAAGCAGGGUCAUUCUUCAGCUGGUGUGUUCUCCCAGUGAUUCCAAGGCUGGGCCAUAUGAUUCCCUUUUGAGGAGAAAGGAUCCUCUAGGAGCACAGGUGCUCGGGGGACAGUGCUCCACCUCUGGCUCCCUUCCAGCCCCCGAGCCAGUGAGCCCGUGGCUCAGCGGCCGCCCAGCACCCCCACCUCGUCCAAGGCUCUCGUACCUGUGGGUGGAGAGGAUGUGGCGGGGACGCCGCAUCUGGGCAUCUGGUGUACAGCCAAAGACGGUCCCAAGCAUUGUUUGUAUCUUCAAUAAAAUUCAGUGCUCAAAGACA